GAAAAUGAAUAUUAAUUUGUCAUUUUGAAGAUUCAGCAUGAACAGACUUCUUUCACACUAUUCUGCAUCAAUUUUUCUGAGAUAUAAGUCAUCUCUUUUCAGUAGAUCGAAAUAUAAUUUUAGUGAUACUAUAAAAUCAAAUAUUAAAUUACCGAAUUCAAAUAUGAAGAAAGGUGGCAAUAAACAUCUGUUCAACAAAAUUUGGAGUACGAAGGAUUCAAAAUUCAAACAAAAAAUUAUGUUCUCGAAAGUAAAUAAGUUUAAUGGAACUUUAGUUAGUUUUACGAAAUUUCAAAUGAGCAAUAAUGAAAAAAUUAUGAAUAGAACAUUAACAACAAAUGGCAAAGUGGCAGGUCCGAUCUCAUUUCAAAAAUGUAAUGAUAUAACCGAUAAGAGCACAGCGAAAACAGAAAGGAAGAGUAGCGAUGUGCGCAAGCUAAUGAGAAAAGAACCAGGUGAAGUGAUUUGGGGAUUCAUUCCAAAAGAGUGGCAUUCAUUGUUCGUACCAAUAACUGGAUAUUCCGGAUUUUAUACAUUGUUAUUUACUUUAAGCACAUCGUUACUCAGUAAAGAAAUUUUCGUUUGUGAUCACGAAUAUUACAAUGGGAUUUCAGUAGUCAUUCUAUGUAUAUAUGGAGUGAAGACACAAGGACCAAUCGUAGCAAAAAUGUUAGAUAAAGGAAUAGACAACUAUGAACGCGAAUUAAACACUUGGAAAGAAAAAAUGAAGCAAAAGAUUAGAGAUUCUAUAUUAUCGGAAAUAAAAUACCAGGAAUGCAUUGAAGGACAACAAAUAUUAAUAGAAGCAAAAAGAGAAAAUGUUCAUUUGCAAAGAGAAGCUGAAUUCAGAAAAAGGCAAAUGGACGUUUACGAAAAUGUUACAAGAAUUUUAAAAUAUCAUGUCGAGUGUGAAAAAGUGAGAAGAUCAAUUCAACAGAAGAAUUUAAUACAAUGGGUUACUAAAGAAGUCGAAAAAAAUCUAACACCAGAACUCAAAGAAAAAUAUAUGAAACUAUGUAUGGCAGAUAUAAAAGAAAUAUUCAGAAGAAACCAAAAAUAAGCAACGGCAAAUUAUGUAUAUACAAUAUUAUUUACACGCAUACACUAUUAAUUUAGGAAGUAAAUAUACAAUUAAAUUAUUAAA